AUGAAAAUCACAAAGAAGCAGAGGCUGAUAGCCACAAUAUGUAUUUCUUUCUCGUUCUUCGCAGCUGAGUUGGCUGUUGGGUUCUAUACUCGCUCGAUCGCAUUGAUCGCCGAUGCUUUUCACUACCUUAGUGAUCUCAUCGGAAUAGUUGUCGCUCUAAUAGCGUUGAUGUUGCAAGAACAUACGAAACCAGCUCCACAAGGAUACACAUAUGGAUGGCACAGAGCAACUAUACUGGGUGCAUUCUUCAACGGAGUCUUUCUUUUGGCACUGGGGAUCAGUAUCCUGCUGCAGGCUGUUGAACGAUUCGUUCAUUUGACUCAUCAUGAUCAUGAACACGACCACCAGGGAGAUAGACAACACAGCCAUGAUGAUAGACUACAGAACCAGGAGACUACUGGACCGUUAACUAACGAGACAAUAAGCCAGAGCAUGGCAGGUUUGGCACACGGCCCGGGAAGGGACUUGGGUAUGCUUGGCGUUUUCACUCAUGUUCUAGGAGAUGCCAUCAACAACAUCGGAGUCAUCAUUGCGGCUGUUCUGAUCUGGCAACUCAAAGGAGAAGGUCGAUACUACGCGGACCCAGCAGUGGGAGUCUUCAUCUCACUCAUGAUUCUCCUAUCAGCUCUACCUUUAGUCAAGAAAAGCGGCGCUAUUCUACUACAAACUGCGCCUGAAGGCGUCAACCCUGAGGACGUCAAACGUGACAUUGAGAUGAUCCCUGGCAUCAUAUCGGUGCACGAGCUGCAUAUCUGGCGCCUGGACCAACGCAAAUUUGUCGCCUCUGCCCACAUCGUCGUCGACAGUAGAACUGUCCAGGGUUUUGCAGACAAGGCUAAGAUCAUCAUGGAAUGUCUCCACGCAUACGGGGUUCACUCAGCAACCCUACAGCCUGAGGUUCUCGAAGCGAGCCCCGUGAUCAUGCCUGACAGUGGCCCAGGGUCUCAGGACCAGGCAACUUCGAUCGACGCCAAUCACAGCUCCGAGCCUGAGGCGAAAUGUGACGAGGAGAGGGGUUUGAGGGGUCUGGGAGGGGCCAAUUCGUCAAAGAAGUCGUAA